AUGGUGAAGGCUGUUCCCCGCCCUCGGCGCCUAACGUCAUUUUCCAGCGCCACCCUCCACGACGUCUCGCGAGAACGUGGCCGCCCGGUCCCUGUGCCCGGCCGCGGGGUGCUGGCGGCGCCCCCCCGGGCUGCAGGGCGAGGAGGAGGAGGAGGGGAUGGCGGAGGCCGGGGGCCCCGGGGGGGCCGGCCCGGCCCCAGGCGGCGCCGAGGGGCAGGUACCUGCAGAGUCGGCCUCGGUCCCCGGCGCUUCCCGCGGGGUGCCCUGGGGUGCCCCGCCCCGUCGGCUGGAGCAGGGGCGGACCCGUCGUGGUCUCUCGCCGCUGCUUUGCGGCUCUGGGGUGGUAUUUUUCCGGACACAAAACACGGGGAGAGCUGGCGUUGCCGGAGGGUGCUUCGGGCCUGUCAGGGGGGCCGACAGAAGUCGAGGAGCGCCGGUGUGCGCUUGCAGGCGCGUUGUGUGUUGGGAUCAGUAGUAUUUUUUGGAGGUAAUGAAGUAAAAAGCAGUGCUGUGGUGAAAUAUUCGUCUGCACCACCACAAGCAGCAUUUGCUCGUCUUCAAGAGAAGACUGAUUUGAAACUUCCACCUGCCAACUGGUUACGUGAAAGUGCCAAACUGGGACCAGCAGGAACAACUAUUCUUGGCAACAACAAGAAAAGCAAACCAUUUUCAAGCUUUGGCAUGGCAUAUGACUUCAUUGACUCGAUUGGGAAUGAUGUGGAUGUUGUUUCUGAUUCUGAGAACAUUAAAAAACUCCUGAAGAUACCAUAUAGCAAGUCACAUGUAAGCAUGGCAGUACACCGUAUUGGACGAACCCUUUUACUGGAUGAAUUAGAUAUUCAGGAGCUCUUCAUGAGAUCAUCCCAGACAGGGGAUUGGACCUGGCUAAAAGAAUUCUACCAAAGACUAAUAGAUCAGAAGUGGCAACGAAAGAAGAAAAGUAAAGAACACUGGUACCAUAAGGCUAUACUUUCAAAGUUUUUAUAUUACAGCAUUAAUGGUGAUGGAGCUGCUCAGCCUGUUCCUUCCACUGCAGAAGAACAUCAAGAAGUUCCAGCCCCAGAUGAGAGUAGUGAAGCAGGAAGGGCUUCUUGGCCCGCCCCUUUUGAAAUGCCAUCUUCAAUAUCUGAAGAUCCAGGUGCUUCUAACCAGGGUCUUAAAAAUGACUUUGUUCGAAAUAUCUUGUGGACCUUUGAAGAUAUUCAUAUGUUAGUAGGAUCAAAUAUGCCUAUAUUUGGAGGUGGAAGAUACCCCGCUGUAAGCUUGCGUCUCAGGGAUAAUAACAAGCCAAUAAAUGUGCUAACAGGAAUUGACUAUUGGUUGGAUAAUCUAAUAUGCAAUGUUCCAGAGCUCGUGAUGUGCUUCCAUGUUAAUGGAAUUGUUCAGAAGUAUGAAAUGAUCAAGACAGAAGAUAUUCCCAAUUUAGAAAACUCCAAUUUUUCUACCAAAGUGAUAAAGGAUAUUGCUCAAAAUAUUUUGUCUUUUCUGAAAUCUAAUUGUACCAAAGAAGGACAUACUUACUGGCUAUUUAAGGCAAGUGGAAGUGAUAUAGUAAAACUGUAUGACCUCACCACUCUUUGUGAAGAAACAGAAGACAAAUACCAAAACCCUUUCACGAUGCCAGUGGCAAUUCUCCUGUACAAGGUUGCCUGCAAUAUGAUGUUGAAGAAGAACCAGAACAAAAAACACUAUGGCACUAUUAGAACAUUACUCCUUAAUUGUCUUAAGUUACUGGAUAAAGGCAGACAUCCUCAAAUUAUUGCUUCAGCGAAUUACAUGCUCUCAGAGCUUUUCCAGUUAGAUGAGCCUAAAAAAGAAGAAAGUGCAGAAUUUCCUUUAAAUGGGAACUCUGAUGAAAGUUACAGUGAAGAGGAAGAAGAAAUGCCGGAUAGUGAUGAAAAUGGUUCCUACAGCACCAGCUCUGAUCCUCCAGAUGACAAUAAAGCAGUAGCUAUAAUCAAAUCAGUUGGAGAAUUAUCAGUACCAGAAAAAUAUAAAUCUAUCCAUCGGAUAAGACCUAGUUGUGCAUUUCCUGUUUGCCAUGACACAGAGGAGCGCUGCAGGCUAGUGCUCAGCUAUGUUUUGGAGGGCUUGAAAUCUGUUGACAGCAGCAUUAAAAGAGAAGGUGACCUUCCUGCAGCUGACCCCAACACCCCAAUCCCAUUAAAAUACGAAGAUGAAUCCACAAGUAGUGGUCCUGAGUGUCUGGAAAAACAGAUGGCUUUGUUUUUAGACAAAAUGGGCUCAUUUCAAAAGGGUAAACGUUCCAGUCAGUCGGGAAUGAUUCCUGGAUCCUGGCAGUAUGAAAUGAAACUGCAUCUGAUUCUGAAGUCAUCAAGGGCUUACUAUAUUCUAUCUGACGCAGCCAUGAGUCUUCAGAAAUAUGGAAGAGCGUUACGGUACAUUAAACUAGCUUUGCACUGCCAUGAUACAUACUGUUGUCUCUGCACCAAUGUGCUUCCUGAGGUGCUGCUGUUUCUUUGUCAGUGUUUAACUCUUUGUGGUGAUAUCCAGUUAAUGCUUGCCCAGAAUGCAAGUAACAGAGCUGCAUAUCUUGAAGAAUAUAACUACCAAACAAAAGAAGAUCAGGAAAUACUGCACAGCCUUAAUAGAGAAUCCAACUGUCAAGUAUUUGCUUGGGCUACUGACUUAUCUACAGACUUAGAAUGCCAGCUUUCAGUUAGCUGCAAAUGCUAUGAGGCAGCUAAUGAAAUUUUGCUUUUUAGUAACUUAAAAAAACAAAAUGCAGAGCAGCAUACACAAGUACUGAAGAGACUGGGAAAUAUCAGAAACGAAAUUGGAGUGUUUUACAUGAACCAGGCAGCAGCAGUACAGACUGAGAGAGUGGUGAGCAAAAGUGUAUCUGCAACAGAGCAGCAACUGUGGAAGAAGAGUUUCUCUUGCUUUGAAAAAGGCAUCCAGAAUUUUGAAUCAAUUGAUGAUGCAACCAAUGCUGCUCUUCUGUUGUGUAAUACAGGAAGAUUGAUGAGAAUUUGUGCUCAAGCCCACUGUGCUGCUGGAGAAGAUUUCAAGCGAGAAUUUUCCCCGGAAGAGGCCCUUUAUUAUAACAAGGCGAUUGAUUACUAUCUGAAGGCUUUAAGAUCUCUAGGGAAGAGAGAGGUGCAUCCAGCAGUUUGGGAUUCUGUGAAUUGGGAACUCUCUACCACCUAUUUUACCAUGGCAACUUUGCAGCAGGAUUAUGCUCCGUUAUCUAGAAAGGCCCAGGAACAGAUAGAGAAGGAAGUUAGUGAGGCCAUGAUGAAAUCUCUGAAAUAUUGUGAUGUUGAUACAGCGUCUGCACGACAGCCCCUCUGCCAGUAUCGGGCUGCAACCAUUCACCACAGACUGGCUUCCAUGUAUCAUAGUUGCUUGAGAAACCAGGUUGGUGAUGAGCAUUUAAGGAAACAGCAUAGGAUAUUAGUUGACCUUCAUUAUAAUAAAGCAGUAAAGCUUUUUCAACUCCUAAAGGAUGCACCCUGCGAGCUCCUUCGUGUGCAAUUGGAAAGAGUAGCUUUUGCAGAGUUCCAGAUGGCAAGUCAAAAUAGUAGUGCUGGAAAGCUAAAGACUUUAUCUGGGGCUCUAGAUAUAAUGAUAAAGACCAAAUGUGCGUUCCAGCUGAUCAAAAAGGAAAUCGCAGCUGAAUGUGACCAGAUGAAUGAGGAUACAAGUAAUGGUGGGAAUACAGCACUUGGUGACUCUACUUCUAACCUUAAUAAAGAUGAAGUAAUGAAACUUCUUGGUAUAUUUGAAUCUCGACUAUCAUUCCUCCUUCUCCAGUCCGUUAAAUUGUUAUCUUCAACAAAAAAGAAAAUUGGUGGCAGUAAUGAAGAGGAGGAAGUUCUUAAGACCAACAAGGAAGUUUAUUCCCUUCUCUUGCGUGCGACUGCUGACAAAAGUGUGACUCUGCUAGAACGAAUAGAAGUAAUUUUAACUUUAUUGGAACAGCUGACUCGGAACACUGAAACCAAUAAUACAGGAAUUCAGUGACUUACUAAAUACAAAAACAGCUACAAGGUAGCAGAAAUAAUAUUGGUGCCUUGCUUAACAUGGGAUCAGCAGCUCUGUGUCAUGUGGUACUUACUCUCUUCAACUUCAGUAAAUCUAUUUAUAACAUGGUAGACCUGGGAAAGAAGAGGAAUGCAUUGCUAUCCCAUGACAGUGCAAUUAUGAUCAGAUUCUAAUGUGUCUACAUUUGAAGUGCUAAAAUGGGAAUCUAGAGGUAGAGCUUCCAGUUUCUUAUGGUUGAGAAGUGCAGUUUCUCUGAAAAGUGAUGGGCUUUUCAGUGGUGCAAAAUAAAUGUUUUGCAUAAAAAUAUGUUAUAGAUCGGUUCGAUAUUUUUUGAAUGAAAUGUUACUUUGUAAGCAAAGCUUUAUAAGAAGUCUUUUACCAGUAACAUUCAUGGAAAUUGCACAAGGGGAUUUCCCUUGCAUAUAUCAAUGUUUUCUUUUUAGUAAGAGUUAAUACCAUGCACAAGAAUGUGUGCCUUUUUUAGCUUCAGUGCAACACUUUUCACAGAUAUUAGCCAUUGCUGGAAUGUCAUUUAUACCAGAAGUGAAACUGUUUUAGCUCUAUUUUGAUUUAUUCAAUCAGGAAUAAUAUUACCCCUCUUUUUCAAACUUGAAACUGUGAAUAAAUGAUAAACAUAUUUUAAAAAGAAAUUUAUUUAUUAAAAAAAUAUGGUUACAGAUUUGAGUCUGCAUUUUUAUUGGUUGCUGUUUCAUGUUUGAGAGACAAAAUCUCCUAAUCAUGUUGAGAAAG